AUGGUUUCUUUAAUUGCUGAUAAACAAACUGAGGGUUUUAGAGGAUUGUAUAAAGCAAACGGAACUAACUGUGCUCGUAUUGUCCCAAAUUCAGCUGUAAAGUUCUUUAGCUAUGAGCAAGCUUUGAAGGGUAUUUUAUGGCUUUAUGAGCAGCAACCUGGAAAUGAAGAAGCUCAACUCACUCCCAUCCUGCGUCUUGGAGCUGGAGCUUGUGCGGGAAUCAUUGCCAUGUCUGCCACUUAUCCAAUGGACAUGGUACGGCGAAGGCUAACCGUUCAGACAGAAGCAUCUCCACGUCAAUACAGGGGAAUUUACCAUGCUCUUUCAACAGUCUUAAGGGAAGAACGCCCUCGAGCUUCGUAUAAACGUUGGCUACCUUCAGUUAUAGGAGUUGAGUCUCUGAAAGACUGGUUGAACUGUUGGCCAAACUCUGAGUUAAGUGUGACAACAAGGCUUGCAUGUGGCUUACCGGCAUGGUGGGUGCAUUCAGAAAAACUUUGCAACAUGAAGGAUUUGGAGCAUUAUACAAGGGAUUAG